ACGAGAAUACACCCCGUCUAGAGAUGAAUAUAGCACUCUUGCAAGGCAUCAAAAACAAUUGGCGCCCUGCUGCUACCAGGACCAGCUUUGGCGCAGAUGACACUGACAUGGUGCCUAUCGUGUGCGACAACGGAACUGGAAUGGUCAAGGCGGGGUUAGCUCGAGACGAUGCACCAAGCGCUGUGUUUCCAAGCAUCGCUGGCCGUCCACGACACAUGGAGCAUAUUAACAAUUGGGAUGACAUGGAGAAGAUUUGGCACCAUACUUUCUACAACGAGCUACGUGUGGCUCCUGAAAAACACCCUGUGCUGCUCGGUGAAGCUCCUCUAACCCCAAAGGCCAAUCGAGAGAAGAUUACCCAAAUCAUGUUUGAGACCUUUGAUGUCCCUAAACUAUACGUUGCCAAUGAAGCCGUUCUUUCUCUCUAUGCCUCUGGUCGUACUACAGGUAUUGUGGUGGAUUCAGGAGAUGGUGUAAGCCACACAGUUCCCAUCUUCGAAGGGUACCCACUCCCACAGGCGAUCUCGCGUCUAGACCUAGCAGGCCGCGACAUAACCGACUACCUCACCAAGAUCAUGAUGGAACGUGGCUACACAUACACCACAACAGCGGAGCGUGAGGUUAUCAGAGACAUCAAAGAGAAACUAGGUUACAUAGCUCACGACCUAGACCAAGAAAUGAAGAGAGCUACUGCGAGCUCAGCCAUCGAUAGAACCUACGAGCUUCCAGAUGGUCAAGUGGUCACGAUAGGAGCCGAGAGAUUCAGGUGUCCUGAGGCUCUUUUUCAGCCCUCCUUGGUCGACAUGGAAAUUGCUGAUAGGAUGAGCAAAGAGAUGGCUGCGGUUGCACCUGCUGGCAUGAAGCUUAAACAUGUGGUUGCUCCUGAAAGGAAGAACAAUGUUUGGAUUGGAGGCGCCAUUUUGGCUUCUUUAGACAGUUUUCAACAGAUGUGGGUGACUAAGGCUGAGUAUAACGAAAAUGGACCGGGGAUUAUUCACAGAAAAUGCUUCUAAUAAUUAAGUUUAUCAGCCUUAAAUCAUCAUUUGUUCUGCUGAUAUAUAUAUAUAUAUAUAUGCUUUCUUCUUCUUAGUGUUAUGCCUGGUGAAAUAAAUCGUGUUGAGGGAAGCAAUAUAAUUGACUUCUUUGUUUGUAUUAAGUUAACUUUUUAAAGUAAUUUAUUUUUCUCCCAUAAUAUGAA